CGCGAGGUCCCCGCGCGCAGGCGCAGUCCCAUGCUGCACGCCUUGUCUCGAGCCGCGGCUCGCGCCGCGGUGCUCAGUGCGCGUCGUUUGGAUCGGUCGGGAGCUCUCACUGUCAUCAUGUCCCGACCGCCGCCGUCGUCUCAGGCUGCCUCGGGCGCCCGGGUCCGGCCUGCCACGGUGCUGGGCACCAUGGAGAUGGGGCGCCGCAUGGACGCGCCCGCCAGUGCCACGGCAGUGCGCGCCUUCCUGGAGCGCGGCCACACCGAGCUGGACACGGCCUUCAUGUACUGCGACGGCCAGUCUGAGAGCAUCCUGGGCGGCCUGGGGCUCGGGCUGGGCGGCGGCGACUGCCGAGUGAAAAUUGCCACCAAAGCCAACCCCUGGGAAGGAAAGUCACUGAAGCCUGACAGUCUCCGGUCCCAGCUGGAGACAUCACUGAAGCGGCUGCAGUGUCCCCGAGUGGACCUCUUCUACCUGCAUGCACCUGACCACGGCACCCCCGUGGAGGAGACGCUGCGGGCCUGCCACCAGCUGCACCAGGAGGGCAAGUUCGUGGAGCUGGGCCUCUCCAACUAUGCCGCCUGGGAGGUGGCUGAGAUCUGUACCCUGUGCAGGAGCAACGGCUGGAUCCUGCCGACCGUGUACCAGGGCAUGUACAACGCCACCACCCGGCAGGUGGAGACCGAGCUCUUCCCCUGCCUCAGGCACUUUGGAUUGAGAUUCUAUGCCUACAACCCUUUGGCUGGGGGCCUGCUGACUGGCAAGUACAAGUACGAGGACAAGGACGGGAAACAGCCGCUGGGCCGCUUCUUUGGGACUCAGUGGGCUGAGAUCUACCGGAAUCGCUUCUGGAAGGAGCACCACUUCCAGGCCAUUGCCCUAGUGGAGAAGGCCCUGCAGGCCACCUAUGGCACCAGCGCCCCCAGCAUGACCUCGGCCGCCCUGCGGUGGAUGUACCACCACUCGCAGCUGCAGGGCGCCCAGGGAGACGCAGUCAUCCUGGGCAUGUCCAGCCUGGAGCAGCUGGAGCAGAACCUGGCCGCCACUGAGGAGGGGCCCCUGGAGCCAGAUGUCGUGGACGCCUUUGAUCAAGCCUGGCACCUGGUUGCUCACGAGUGUCCCAACUACUUCCGCUAGACCCUGACAUGGCUGGGGGUACCAGAGUCUUUUCUAUCACCUCCCUUAUUCUUUCACUCUGGCCAGCCUUUGCCUUAAGCCUUUGCCUUCCCACGGUCCUUCCUGACUGUCUCGAUCCUGCAGUAUUUUUCUAGGUUCCUGCCCUGCUCCCUGCUGCCUGAUGAGGGCAGGCUGGAGCCCAGGCCCACACCAGCAUUUCCGGUCUCAGCGAAGCAGGCGUCUGGCUGCAGCCCAGGCCUGGGCAGAGCCACAGACUCGUCUCCUGCUGCUCCACCUCCUGGGGACCUGAAAAGGGGCUGGCCCCAUAGGCUGGGGUCUCCAGAGAGCAGAGGGAGGGUCUCAGGAACAUGCUAUCCUUGAAGGGUCCCCUCACUUUCUCCAGAAUCCAACCCGAUCACUCAGUCUUCUACCAGUGAUAGAAAAAUGGGCCAUGCACCCCGAAAGGAGAUUUCCUCUCAUUCAGAAUCACCUCACUUGAUAGAAACAAUAAACUGGGCAAAUGCUACCACUGGCAUGAACGCUAAGAAAAAUAAAGAAGUGACUCAGGAUGCUGCCAACCUCUUUUUUGUUUGUUUCUGAAAUGGCGCCCUGCGGUGUUGCCCCUGAGGGCCUCACCCUCCUGGGCUCAAGCGAUCCUCCCACCCUGUCCUCUGGAGCCGCUGGACUACAGGUGCAUGCUCUCUCUCAGUGUCAGCGGUGGCUUUACUCUGGUCUUAGUAAAGCCUCUUGCCAGGUCAGCCAUAGGAUGCUUGGCCUUCAUUUUGCGCCUCCUGUUGGAGGUGGGGGCACAGGGUAUUAUAAUUUGGAUCCGAAAAGUCCCCCAAGGCUCAUGUGUUGAAGGCUUGGUCCCCAGCUGGUGGUGCUGUUGGGAGUGGUGGAAACUAGGAGGUGGGGCCUAGUUAGAGAAAGGAGGUCGUUGGGCAUGUGCCCUUGAAUGGUGCAUUGGGACCUGGCCCCUUCCUCUCUUUCUGUUUUAUUUCUGGCCUCCCUGAGGACAGCAGCUUUGCUCUGCACGUGCCCCCACCUGAUGCUCAGCCUAGCUGCAGGCCCAAAGCAAUGACUCCAUGUCCAGGGACAGAGACCUCUGAAAUUGUGAUGCAAAAUAAACCUUUCCCCCUCCA